CGCACCGCGCGUGGCUUGUGCAGGAAGUGGAGCUUCUUUCACAUAAGUUACGCGUUUUCCUGAAGGAAAAUGGCUUCCAGCUGUCAUUUUGUUGGGAAAUGUAAUGUAUAAAGCACUGGGAAUUGAGCGAGAAGUGGUACGGGGGUGCAGUGAAGUAAUCUGGUGCAAUCAUAUAAUGUGAAAAUCGUCGAAUUAAGUCCAAGAUUCGGCGUACGCUCAACUCCCCGAAUCUGUACAGUGCCAUGAAAGCGUACUCCAUUAUACUGUUUAUAGUCCUAAUUUUCCAUAGAUCGAAUAAGGGCUAAAGCUAAUGUUAAACGCGCAUUUCGUAAACGCUCAUUCGUGCGGAUAACUAACAUUUACGAAAGCGUAACGAUCGAUAGCCCUUAAUUAGCUCGAAAGAACCUUCGAGCUUAUCUACUUCUGGCAAAAUUUCCGAACGCAUCAAAGAAGCAGUAUGGGUUCGAGCCAGCAAUUCUCCUUACGAUGGAACAAUUAUCUAAAACACAUAACGUGUGCUUUCGACACGUUACGCACGGACGAAGAUUUGGUAGAUGUUACUUUGAGUUGUGAAGGAAAACGAAUACGAGCACACAAAAUGCUUUUAUCAGCAUGCAGUACAUAUUUCAGGGAUUUAUUCAAGGAGAAUCCUUGCCAGCACCCUGUUAUAAUAUUUCGCAAUGUAAAGUUUGAUGAUUUGGCUGCGCUUGUUGACUUUAUGUACCAGGGUGAAGUAAAUGUUGUACAGGAGCAGCUUGCAAGUUUUUUAACAACAGCAGAACUCUUGGCAGUUCAGGGCCUCACUGAUGGUACAGGAAAGGAUAAUGACAGUUUAGCUGAGGAUGACGUGGAGAUUCCAAAUGAACCUGAAGUGCAACUUCAAAAUGCUAUUAGUAAAGUAACAUCAAAUUCCUCGGGUCGAGGAAAUAAAUCACCUUCACCAACGUCGUAUCACUCUGUUGAGUUACAAUCAGAGACACCACCUACUAAACGACGAAAAUGUCGUGAAACGACAGCAGAAAAAGCAAGUUCAGGAAAUGCUUCAUCUACAAAAGAUUCAGAAAGUAAAUCGACAGAGAAUCAAGUGGCAUCUGGGUCUGAUCCUGUUGAAAUAAUUCCACUCAUGCCAAACUUAAAGUUGGAAAUGCCGGAAUACUUGGAACAGGAUGGCAGCAGUUGUAGUUACGAGGAACAAAGUACGGGGGAAAGUUCUAUAAACAGAGUGGGAGUGGACGAUACUCCUUCUGACACACCAGAACAUGACCAAAAGCCAGAUAUCAGCCAAACAUUUUAUUCAACGAAUCAAUCAACCUCGGAUGCAUCUUUAGAUGGCAAACAUCAUUCGACUGAUCUUGGCCAUCUGUUAUCCAAACCUAGUACAUCAGGAGAGAGGUUAUCACAGGAUGCAGGGCAGGAACCAAAGUACGAUUCACCUGUUGGGCAUCAACUUCGUAGCGGCUUUGGUUACGAUGCCAGGCGAAGGUCGCGGCCACUUCACGAUGAAAACGGUCGGUGGGUUUGUGACGUUUGCGGAAAAGUCUACAAUCGCGGGGACUCCCUUGCCCACCAUCGCAGUAUACACAGAGGAGACACAGUUUGUCCGAUUUGCCAAACCGUCUUCACGCGCAAGUACACGAUGCGCUGCCACAUGGUCAAUGUCCAUGGGUGCAAGUGAUCGUAGAGCGAGAAAGAGUUGGUGCUUCCCCGCCUAGACCGACGAAGGCCCACCUGAUGCUGCGAGGACCGCUCGCGCCGGUCUUGCUUUUCGUUUAAGCUCGAGCCGAAACCCCGCGUACAUUCUCUACAGACGAUGUACACUUUUUUUCCAUUAGAAUUGGGCGUAUACGGAAUUAUAUCGUCGCGUGGAUCUUCGACGCCUCCGUUACAUUCGAUGUUGCGGUUCGCGUAGCCUGACAUUUCGAACUCGAAGUAAACGCUUCGUUGUUAAAAAUAGGAUGAAAGAAAUUUAGGGGAGGAUAGACGUUAUAAAAUCUAAAUUGUAGACGGUAACGUUCUGUGUGUGCGUAAGACAGUCGUCAGAAGUUCAAUUGCGAGGUAUGUCGUAUUUAUUGGCAUGCUUAAAGAAAUGUGAUAAAUCACAUUUGUAAAUAUUUUGAAAAACAUUUUCUAGUUAUUCUAUAUAGAAGUCGAAAGAUUAAAAUUAAAUUAUUACUUUUUACGUAUUAUAGAGAGAACAAAAUGUAAAUGCGUGUUUUAUAAAUUUGGUAGGUGGCGAAUUUUAGUCUUCGUUGUCGACAUUUUAUUACAAAUCUUUUGCAUUCCUCAGGAGGUGUUACAGAUCCAACGAAGAUAUACAUAUCGGUUAUCAUCUCUCGUUGCAGUAAAUAUAUAAUGAGAUGCAUACAAGAUGAUUCAAAUAUGUAUAGAGUUUUUGGCUUGCGUCAUUUUUAUAAAAAUUCGAACGAUAACUUCUUUUGUAAAAUGUUGAAACUUUCGAGGUAUACAUGGAUGAGGUUGACUAUCCACGCCAGAAAUUUAGUGAGAUAAAUAAUCACCUUUUAACGUUUUUAAUUUGAUGAAUAUGUUGCACGGUUGGCUGAUUUAAUCAUCGUUUAUUAAGAAAAUUAUUUAUUUCAUUUUCAUCAGAAUUAUCCAAAAUAAUUUUAAUUCGAUUUUACUAAAAAAUGUGCAGGCCGCUGAAAGUAACUUUAAUUUACUUUGUAUAUUGAACAUGAAUUAAUGUGACGAAUUGCAUUCAUUUCAUAAUCGUUAGAUAAUACAUAGAAUAACGUAGUAUAUACCCAAUUCUACAUACAAGACUAUCUUUUUUUUUCUAUUUGAAAAAAGUGACUGACCUCUUUAACAGAGACGAGAGAGCGAUCUCCUUAAAAAGGGAAUCGUAUCGAAUCAAAUUAGAAUCACUCAUCUUGCGAUUUUAUUACGGUUUACUCCAAUUUUAAAAUGAUUUCUCUAGUUGUACAUAGAGUUGCAUAAUUAGGUCAUUAUCAGAACUCGUAGCCGUCUCGACAUAUUGCAGAAGUUACUUUAACAAGCUAAUUUUACUUUUCUAGAACGUCAUUUUUACUACUUUAAUUCAUUUCCCAUUCAUAUUUUUUUAGAAUUCAAUUUGUGUGUCAUGAGCUGCGUUUACUGGCAUUUUCUGUGCGUAAUAACUGCAUGUAAAAUUGCAGUUGUAUAGCGAAACACUUUUGUUUCCCUUUAGAUAUGAUUUUAAUUUGUGUCUGAAUUUUUUGUUUACAGUUUUUUACGUUUGUUAUACACAUAUAUUUGUCGCCUUAAAAAGAAUUGAUCAUCGAAUUCGAUUUUAAUUAUUUGAAUGAGUUUACAGUGUACGCCACUUAAAACUAUCUCUGGUCAGAUGCAUUACGCAAUUUUGCGUAGAUAAACGCAUUUCUUUCGUAGCACGAGUACAUUUGAGAUGUAAAUGUUUUACGAAUUUGCCUACUGUCCAAAAUCAAUUUUAUUUUGUAACUAUAGAGAGAACGGUUGACGUUCAUUCUUUCCCGGUAUUUUUAACGUUGUUAUGCGCAAUGUCUCACUUUAUGUUCUCCUACUCGUUCUGAGCAAACAUGUGAGUGAAGAGUAGAUGUAUUAUGUUUACCAAUAUUUCUUGGAAAAAAAAACAUUUAAUUAAAAAUGACUUUAUAAAUGUAACGAUCUUUGAAUACAUUGUAGUACUUUACCCGUAUUGUUAAAGAGUUGAGAACUUUGAGUUUUGACAAAUAUUGCAACAAAUUACAUUAUCAUCCACUCAUGAUAAUAGAUUAUGUAUAAAUUAUCCGUUUCGAUUUAAUAUCAGUCGAGGUAAAAUAUAUUUAUAAUCCAUCAUUAGGCACGAAUUAGUAAUGUAUAUACUAAAUAAAUGUUUAAAUAUAAUAAUUUAAAGCGUGACAGAUAACGUAUCCGCACGUAUUUCGAGUACCGUAUGAAGUAAGGGGUAAAAUACGCGUAAUAAUUUUUUAAACGUGUACGGACGAACAUUUCAUUGAAAGGCGGUUAAGGUUUCAAAUCGAUCGAUAAUAUGCACGAUGUGGAGUACACGCGAAUACGUGGAAAUUGCUCGUAAUGGUACAGUAGAUGUGAGAAUAAUAUGACAGCUGGCCCUUUCAGUAACCGUCACACACAGAUUCCACGGUUAUGAAGAAAAAUAAACAGAAUUACUGUGAAUUUGUCUAUAAAAAUAAUACUAGUUUCUAUUAAAAGACGAGAAACCAUAUUUAUUUAUAGAUUGUACAAUCUGUUCAAUCGACCUCAUAAGAAUCUACAGACAGUAAAAACUUUAUUGUACUAUUUAACUCAAAAUUUGUGCCUCAAUGAUGAGACCAACAAAUCUUGGAAAUUUUUUUUGCAAUACGUAUUUUUGAAAAUUCGUCCUGCCACACUUAAUAAAUUUUACGUCAUUGUUUCUAAAAAUACAAACAACGUAUGCGAGCCAUUACAUGACCACAAUUUGCCUAAAAUAUUAAUGUUUAUAUCGUAAUUGUUUUUGUCUGAAGAUUACUUUAUUUUUUAUACGUUCUUUUUUUAAUUUAUCGCUUUACUUCAUUCCCGUUGCAAUCUGACUCAUAUCAAAGUGUUAUGCGUGACAGCUGCAGCUAAGCUGUCAACUAAGCUGUCAACUGUCAUGUUGGUCCUGGAGUUAUUUGUGACACGCGCAGUUGGGACAUAUAUUUUGAAAGAGAAUUCAACUUCCGUAGCGAUGUAUCGAUCCAAUUUGAAUCGAACCCAUUUGAGUGAAAUGUUAGUACACGGGAUUGGUAAACAAUCAUCACUUUCUUUUGCAUAUAUACGUACCAUUUUAGUGAACGUCAAAAGAUCAUACCUUAACAGAAAAUGACAAAAUCAGAUGUUAUUUAUAUCGUCAAGUCCUUUUUUUCUACAACUAUGCGGAUUUUCUAUUACGUUAUUUUUUUCCUCGUAUUGUAAACAUUGUAUAUAAUACGCAAGAAAGAGUAGUAACGUGCUUUCAAUGGUUUAAUUUCUCUUCUUGCUGUAGAUGUAUAUAACACAAUCAAUACUUCCCGAUUGCCUUAUUCAACAAAACUUCUAACUUUGUUUUCAAUUGAAUUGAAUUGAAAAAGUUUUCAAUUGAUUUAUCUGUAACACAAUCUUUCCGCGUAGUGUUUAUCUUAUACAAAUCAGUAGGUAACGUUACUUGUACAAAAAAAAAACGUAACGAUUCUACUCAUUGGUAUGGUGUUUUUACUCACGGUACGUCGUGUAAAAAGUGAUCUUGAAACCAGUUCCAGGCAUUAAAAUUUAUUUUAAAUUUAUGACAGGCAUUUUUUAUGCAUUUUGCUACACAUUAUUACUGUCGAAACAGCCUUCUAGCCUUUCGUAUAUCUCAUUGCUUGUUCUAUAGAAGCCAUCAAUUUUAUUUUUCUUCGUGUUCUUUAGUAUUUAUGAAUAUACGUAAUUUUUAACGCUUUUAACGGUUGUUUUUAACAUUUAAUUAUUUUUUUUACAAUGAUGCGAUAAUACUCUUUUUUUUGUUUCGUCUCCAUAAACUAUGUGUAAUUUUGUAUUUAGACUCUUUUUAAAUUCGUUCAAGACGCAUUUUAAACGGCAAAAUCAAGUACUUAGAAAAUGUUGUAAUUGUACUUUGAAAAACGAUGGGUUUAAAUGAGAUCGAUAUUUAAAGCACAUUUCAAGAAGAUAUUAUUGCGACAAAAUAAACGACUUUUUGUAAUUUAUGGAGCUUUUAACCACUAACGUUCUGAUUCUGUCAAUUGAUUCUUACAAAAUACCUCUCAAAAGAGAAAGACGUAGAAGGUUGAAUUUCCAUGAUUCCAACCUCGUUUAAAUGGGAUAUUCAAUUGAUUUGUGCAAUACGAAUUCAUUUAUCGUGUACUUAUACAACUGACAUACUUGUAAGAGUGAUACAAUUUAGUAUUAUCGAUAUAAGUCAGUCUUUUUUUACUUCUUUUAACAGAAAAUGUAAUGCGUUCCUGCAAAUUGAAUCACGAAGUAAUCCUAUCAAGGACACGAUAUUACCAUUGCGCUGAGAAGAGCUUUUGUCUUUGCAGCGAAUGCGUUAAAAAGAUUCAUGUACACGUAUAUAAACUCGAAGCGCCCAGUAAAAUGUUCUUCCACCAACAGCGAAGGGUAAAUGCAAACCCAGUGGUCUUACAAAACUAUAAGUUAUAUUAAACGGAAGUAUUUCUUUGUAUUUGUCAUCUUAAGGAAUAAAGCUACACAGAAGUUA